UUUACUGGUUCAAAAUAUUCCAUUGAAUUUGGAAGAUUGGGUCUAUGAUUCGACCCUGUCCGGCUAUAAAUACCAUCGAAGAAACCUGAGCUUUUGAGUGCUCUUACUUGUUUUCAAUAUGGAAGCCAUAAUUUCUCCAGAGAUCAGAUUACCAGGAUUUCGAUUCCACCCUACUGAAGAAGAGCUUGUCAAUUAUUACCUCAAGGAAACAGCUCUGGGUAAAAACCUGUAUUGCGACAUCAUCGGUUUUCUUAAUAUUUAUAAUCAUUACCCUUGGGAUUUGCCAGGUAUGGCAAAGAUAGGGGAGAGAGAGUGGUACUUUUUUGUGCAAAGAGACACAAGGGGUGGUCAUGGUGGUAAAAAGCCCAACAGGACCACCGAGAGAGGGUAUUGGAAGGCAACUGGUUCCGACCGUCAAAUCAGGCGUCUCACUGAGCCUAAAAUCAUCAUGGGUCUUAGAAAAACUUUGGUCUUCUACACAGGGAAAGCACCGAAUGGGAACAGAACCGAUUGGGUCAUGAACGAGUACAGGCUCUCCGACACCUCCAUUCUUAGGGAGGACAUAGUACUUUGUAAGAUUUAUAGAAAGGCAACAUCGUUAAGAGUGUUGGAACAAAGAGCUGAAGAACAUGCCCUUUCCUCAUACGUUGCUCAAAAUAAUAACAUUACCAUGCCAUUGCCCCUGCAACACCAUGAUUAUGGAACAGACAUGGUGGAAGCUGAUAGUGAUGAACAUGGCCCUUCCUCGUACUCUGCAUGGACCACGAUGACUGAAUGUUUUACUCAUUAUGGACAUUAAUUAGAUCUCAUGCAAUGUGAUGAUUGGUGAAGUAAUAUUUUGGAAUAUCAGGCAGUGCAUAGUAGUAUAAUAAAGAUAUAUAAUGGCUGUAGUUAAGUUUAUUGUGACCUGUUCUUGUCCAGUUUUAACUCCCCAUAAAAUUUUAUUAUUACAUCCCUUUAGAAGCAUGUAUUGGGACAUGACAUCUAUCUAUCUCCACUACAAUUUUCGCCAUAAUUAAAGGUAUGUUGUAAAGUAAGAAAAGACAAAAAUCAUGUGCUGUUUUGGGUCGAAAA